AUCCGGUUAAGUAGGAAGAGGAAGUGAUUUUGUUGUGUUUUUGUUUGAGCUUUGUUUUCGUUGCGCACGUAAAAUGGGCACUGCGUCCGUCUUCGUGUGCUUUUUGGCACUUUUUGCCACUAUGGCGGCGGCGUCGUCGGACGUGUUCGACAGCGUGCUGGGAAACACGGCGUCCUGUCACCGCUCUUGUGAAAUGACAUACUCUUUACACACGUACCCGAGGGAAGAGGAACUCUACGCUUGUCAGCGAGGCUGUCGGUUGUUCUCCAUUUGCCAGUUUGUUCGCGAGAGCAAAGACUUGAACCGCACCACAGCCGACUGUCAAUCAACCUGUCACGAAGCCUACACCCAGGCUACCGAGGAGUAUGCGUGCAACCUGGGCUGCCACAGCCAGCUUCCUUUUGCCGAGCAACGCCACGAACAGCUGGAAGCCAUGAUGCCGAGGAUUCACUUGCUCUACCCCCUGAUGUUGGUGCGAGGCUUCUGGGAGGACCUGAUGAGUCAGGCGCACAGCUUCAUCACCUCCACGUGGACCUUCUACCUCCAGGCCGACGACGGCAAAGUAGUCAUUUUCCAGUUUGAAACCGAGAAAGACGACGACGACGACGACCAGGAAGUACAAAAGACAAUCUCUGACGAAAGCGGCCCCAUUUUCAAAGACUACCAGCGCAGACUCAUCCAGGAGAGGGACCGUGACAUGAGCGCUGAUCGCAGCUACGACGAUUACAACCUCUUCAGCUGCCUCUCGAGGAAUCCCCGGCUGCCGGGCUGGAUUCUCACCACCACCCUGGUGCUGUCCGUGCUGGUCCUCAUCUGGAUCUGCUGCGCCACUGUGGCCACCGCCGUCGACCAGUAUGUGCCGGCUGAGAAACUGAACAUCUACGGUGACAGGGAUUUUCUCACCGAGCAGAACCUGAAGCUUAUUCCGUACCCGGCGUCCUCCCUGCUUCUCAUCAGCUCCAAAGGGCCAGGAGAGGAUGAGGAGGAGGCGGGGCCUCUUCCCGCCAAAGUCGAUCUCGGCCAGUCGGGCAUCUAAAAAAAAAAAAAAAAACUCGAAAUCUGUCAAGAGUGGUAAGGUAACAACUUUUGAUUCCGCUUGUGCGUCUUGUGCAAUGAGAGAAACUGCUUGUAAAAUAUUUCGAUAAUGGAUUCCUUCUGUCCGCUUUCAAUGCUUUUCAAAUGGACGCAUUAUGAUUUUAUAAUGCCAGUACAAAAAAAACCUAAUAGUUUUAGGGUCCCCUGCCCUUUUGAAUUUUUGUGUUAGCGCGGUGGCUGUUAUUUUAUUUAAAAAAAUGGUGACUUUUGAGGUGAUUUCUUCCUGACACGCAAUACUUUUGUGAUCUUUAACGUAGUUGCCAAAGUCCCUAAUUUUUUGUUCCCACCGCUGUAAUCAGAGUUGACCAAUAAAAUGGUUUCCUCUUAA